AUGUUGUGCGCCACUACUGUCGUUGAGGAUGAUGGUGGUGAUGUUGCAAAAGAUAUGAAUUUUGGAAGGGUGGGGUUGGCAAUAGUUAGAGAAGGAGAGAAGACGGAGAAGAUAAAUGUGGUGGUUAGUGAGAGAGGCAGAGCUUCGGCACCGUUUCACUCAUCUGGGAAGUACAGUUCUUCGUCUGAUCCCAAAUUGGUCUUAGUCAUGGAGCAGAGGCAGAGAAACCAGAAGAUGGCUCACCAAGAAGACCAAGAACAACAGCAGGACGAACAAUCAGAAGAAAUGCAGCAUGGCCCUUUCCCAGUCGAACAACUUCAGGCAUGUCAUCAUCCAUUUAAUCCGAUCUGUAGUUUCGCAUCUGGAAUCGCUGCCAUUGAUGUAAAGAAGCUGAAAGACGCUGGUUUAUGUACAGUUGAAUCUGUAGCAUACUCUCCUCGGAAGGAGCUUCUGCAAAUCAAAGGAAUCAGUGAAGCUAAAGUUGACAAAAUCAUCGAGGCAGCUUCCAAAUUGGUCCCUUUGGGUUUCACUAGUGCAGGCCAACUCCAUCAACAAAGGCUUGAAAUAAUCCAAAUAUCUUCAGGGUCAAGAGAGCUUGACAAGAUUUUAGAUGGAGGAAUUGAGACUGGAUCUAUUACCGAGCUAUAUGGUGAAUUUCGGUCUGGAAAGACUCAGCUUUGUCACACUUUAUGUGUAACUUGCCAACUUCCAUUAGAUCAAGGUGGUGGUGAGGGGAAAGCAAUGUACAUUGAUGCUGAAGGUACAUUCAGGCCACAAAGACUCUUACAGAUAGCUGACAGGUUUGGGUUGAAUGGUAAUGAUGUAUUGGAGAAUGUAGCAUAUGCAAGAGCAUACAACACGGAUCAUCAAUCAAGACUCUUGCUUGAAGCUGCUUCAAUGAUGGUCGAAACCAGGUUUGCCCUUAUGAUAGUGGAUAGUGCAACUGCUCUUUAUAGAACUGAUUUCUCUGGUAGAGGUGAACUAUCAGCCAGACAGAUGCAUCUUGCAAAGUUCUUGAGGAGCCUUCAGAAGUUGGCAGAUGAGUUUGGUGUAGCUGUAGUGAUCACUAAUCAAGUUGUGGCCCAAGUAGAUGGUUCAGCCAUGUUUGCAGGGCCUCAAAUUAAACCAAUUGGUGGUAAUAUCAUGGCUCAUGCCUCUACAACAAGGUUGGCUUUGAGGAAAGGAAGGGGGGAAGAACGGAUUUGCAAAGUGAUUAGUUCCCCGUGUUUAGCUGAAGCUGAAGCUAGGUUUCAGAUUUCUACAGAAGGUGUUAAUGAUGUCAAAGAUUGAAUUUAGCCACAAGCUUUGUUUGUGUUUUUCUGUUUUCAGUUUGUAUCUUUGUGUCAUAAACAACACAUGAUGACAGUAUGAAAUACAAGUAGUCGAAUACAAAAUUUCCCAUUCCAUCUCUAUAUUUUUUGUUUGAGAACAUGUUGUUAAGCUGGUUAAUAAACCUAUAGCAAG